UUUUUAGUUGCCAGCCAGCCAGCUAGCCUAGCACCUAGCAAACGUGCAGCUCAUUACCAUAAGUUAAUUUGUAUUCUGAGCGAGUGUAUUGAAAUAAAAUUUUGUCAACGGAUGUACCCACUAGGAUUUGGAAAUAAUAUUUGGUGACGAAAAAUACCUACAUAGAAACAACAAUAAUAAUUCUAAAAUCAAUAUGAUGGAUGACGAUGAAUUGGACAUUGACGAUUUGGAGUUGGAUCUGGAAAGUGAAGAUGAAUACACCGGCCCCGGCGAAGAACCAGUCGUAGAGAAACCAUCCAAAGAUGAAAUCAAGGUUGCCAAAUGGAUGAAGAAAAAUGUCAAAACUAAGAAAACCAAAUUCUUGAGUCACAAUGUGGAAUAUUUCACAUCGAGUAAAGCCAUUGAUGCUCUAAUGAAAUCGAAAUUUGCCGAAGGCUCAACACCCUUGUUUACAACACGUGAACAGGUGAUUGAGUUCCUCGACAUUAUGUUGGAGCACAAAUUUUUCCAUCGAGCCAAAAAGGUACCAAUUAGUAUAGAGGGAGCAAGUGGUGGAUCGUCAGCAGCUGGCAAGAACAAAGAAGAAAAGAAAGACAGCGAGAAAAAGGACAGUAAGAAGGAAGAAAAGAAAGAUGCUGCCGUUGAUUCCGCAGAUGCUGGAGAAUUGAGCGGCAACAACGGUGCCGGCAGUGAUGAGAAUGGUGGCACCUCCGCCACGGGUGAAAAGAAAGAGAAAAAGAAACGUAAAAUCCGUUUGGAUAUGCAUCCGGAACAGGUGUUUGUUGAUGGCUCUGAGGCCUAUGUUUGGAUAUUUGAUCCCAUACCCAUACAUUAUUGGAUUUAUGGUUUGGUAUUGUUACUGGGCGCCAUUGGCAUUUGUAUGUUCCCCCUGUGGCCACCAAUGUUGCGCAAGGGUGUCUACUAUCUAUCGGUGGCAGCUGCUGGUUUCCUUGUUUUCAUUUUGGCUUUGACGAUAUUACGUUUGAUCAUUUUCACCAUUGUAUGGGCUGUCACAGGUGGCAAAUUGCAUUUGUGGAUAUUCCCCAAUUUGACAGAGGAUGUGGGUUUCUUUGCCUCGUUCUGGCCUUUGUAUGAGAGCAAAUAUGUGACCGCCGACGAAGAUGAAAAAUCCUCCAAAUCUAAGAAAGGUUCCAAAUCAAAAUCCAAGAAAUCCAAAGAGAAAGACAGCGACAACGAGGACAAUGAUGAUGUGGCCCCCGACACUGAACCCUUGGAACCUGAGAAAAUCGAGGAAAUCAAAGAACAUGAUGCCGAUGUUUUACUGAGACGUCGCAAUGUCGGCGGUGGUGGUGGUGACGACAGUGGCAGCAGUAGUGCCAAUGAGGCCCAACAAGAAACAGAAUCUGCUAAAUGUUCACACAACGAAUCAGAAUCUGAGUCGUCGGAUGGCAAAGACUAUGAAAUAAUCAAUUCAAGUGAAGUUGACAAAAACUAAUGACGAGUGAGUGAGUGGCAAUGGAACUCUAAGCCGAUGUUGGAUUCUCUCUCUUCAAUUUCUCUUCAAAUCAGAUCAGACAUUGUUAACCAAUAAGAGAAAGCAAGAAAUGAACUUCACUAAAAGAUUAGUAAAAAUGAAAUAAAAAAUUGUAGAGAAAUAAAAAAAAACAAAUGUCGUCGUAAAGGAAUAAAAAAAAAUAUUGACACCCACACAAACACAUACGCAUAUAACACACCACACAUUCGUAUAUGUAAUUGUAAAUUAUUUGGCUUAAAUUGUAAUACAUAUUUUAAGCUAGGCUCUCCACCAUCCCCACCCCCACUUGUUCCUCCAGACACUCACUAGGUUUUUAGACUACUCUACUCAUUAACUAAAACGUUUUAUUGGGCUCUCACACCCAUAAUGUCUCUCUCGCUCUCUCUGUAUCUUGGAUCUUGUUGUCAAACACUCUCCUAGUUGUCUAUGAAAGAAAAUAUUGAAAGUGGAUUAAUUCGUUAAAAAACUAAAUUUAA